AAAAAAAAAAAAAACCCCAGAUCUAAACUGCUCAGCUCUCGUCUUUGUUAGAUCUGCAGAAUUGGCUCGUGGGUUGGAGCUGUGUGGAAAACGAUUCCUCUAGGUGGCGAGACCUCCCAGAGCCGAUGGUGCUUCGGGAAGAUUCUUCGAAGCUGGUGUUGAUGGUGCCCUUACGGCGUCGUAUCUACCGGAUGCGUUUUCGGAGAGGACACGAGGGGCAGGGCUGGUGACGGCGACGUGUACGGCCGACUUGCCCUAUUUUACUUGGGGUGAUGUUGUUCAAGUUGAAACUUGGGUUAGUGCCCCAGGGAAGAAUGGUAUGCGGCAUGAUUGGAUUAUCCAUGAUUGCAAAACAGGACAAAUUUUAACAAGAGCCUCCAUGUGUGGGUGAUGAUGAAUAAACUGACUAGGAGAUUAUCCAAAAUACCCGAUGAGGUUCAGAGUGAAAUAGAGCCUUACUUUAUGAAUACUGCUCCUGUUGUGGAGGAGGAUGGCAGGAAACUGCAGAAACUUGACUACAAUACUGCGGGCUUUGUCCAUACUGGUUUAACUUGCAAAAAUGAUGAGGAAAUUGUAGCUGUUCUAGCUCGUGAGCUAGGCCAUUGGAAGCUUAAUCACAGUGUAUACUUAUUCAUUUCUAUACAGAUCCGUACGCUGUUACACUUUGGGGGAUAUGCUCUCUUGAGAAACUCUAGCAGUCUGUUUCAUUCUUUGGGGGAUAUGCAGUCCUACUUUGUUGAAUGGUCUUCAAUGGGUUAUAAUAAUAAUGUGCUUCAAGGAAGCACCUUAAGUGGCUCAACAUCAACAAAUACAGAUGACAGACCUUACGUUUACAAUCCAAUGAAAAAAGGGAUAAGGGAAGCUUGGCAGGAUUGAUGGAAAGCUAUUUGAUGUAUACACGAGUGAAACUGUUAUUGAUGGAAAUCCCCUUCUGGUUAUGUGGGUAGUUUUCAUCUGCAUGUAAUGUGUGACGUUAAAUGUUAAAAAAAGGUUUAUGUUGUUAUAAUUGAUCAACGAACUGGUUUAUUUGAGUGUACUUGUUUAA